CGGCCCCGCCCUGGCUGUGCCGUCAGGGAGGCCAGGCUGGGUGAGUCAGUCCCCUGCCUCCAGUAAAUAUUUGUAUUAGCAGGAGCCGGCUCUGUAAUGGUGGCUGCGCUGUGAGCGGCGCAGACCCAGGGACCCCAGGGCACGGCAGGCGGCAUGUCGGUGAACAUGGACGAGCUGAAGCACCAGGUCAUGAUUAACCAGUUCGUGCUGACCGCGGGCUGCGCCGCCGACCAGGCGAAGCAGCUGCUGCAGGCGGCGCACUGGCAGUUCGAGACUGCACUCAGUGCUUUUUUCCAAGAAACAAACAUCCCCUACAGCCAUCACCAUCAAAUGAUGUGCACUCCUGCCAACACGCCCGCCACGCCCCCCAACUUCCCCGAUGCCCUCACCAUGUUCUCCCGCCUCAAGGCCUCCGAGAGCUUCCACAGCAGCAGCCCUGUGGCGUCUAUGGCAACCUCCCCUCCUCCCCCACCCCCACCGCUCCCCCAGCCCGGGGGCUUCAACCCAGCCUGGCCUGCGGCUCCCCCCUCCAUCCAGCAGCAGCAGAGCAUGUGGACUUCGCCCCCGCCCUCGCAGCCAUCGGGCUGGCCCGCCACAGUCUCCCAACAAGCCACGUCAGAACAGAAGGCCAACGUGACCAUGGAGGCCGAGAGAUGAGGCCGCAGGGGAGCAGGAACACGAUGUGGGGAGGGCCCCCCUAUGGCCCCAGCUUUCAUUCCCCCCCCCCCC